AAGCCUGGUGGGCGGCAGCGGGGGUUUAAACACCACCAGGUUGCUCACCUGAAGGUCUGCGCUUGCAUUUUCCCCUAAUAAAUACACGGACUGUAGGCGUCAGGGAACUGGUGACGGAGAGACCCGGGGCAGGAGAGGAGCUGGGCAGCGACGCUACCAGGCAAUAGGAAGUCUCCAAGGAUGAAGGACGCACGGAGCAGUGACCUCUCCUGGUGCAGGCUGCCUCGUACAAGCCUCUGAAGUUGUACUGCAAAGCAAACUUUUCCUUACUCCGACAGGAUGAGGAUCCUUAUUGGAAGCCUUCAUUUCUACUUCAUUUCUUUCUUAUUCAGUGGAGCAAAGGGAUUCCUAACUCUGAGGACACCCACAGCCUAUACCUUCCCAUUUUAUAACUACUCCUAUUUAAACCUCUCUUCCGUAUCAGAAGCACAAGCUCCAAAAACAGCAAGAGCUCUCAAUUUCUCACAUAACUUAAUUGAACAAAUAACCAAGAGAGACUUGGAAGGUUUUGACACGCUGGAAGUUUUAGACCUUUCCUACAAUCGGAUUAAGGACAUCGAACCCGGUGCGUUCGAGAGGCUGCUCAGCCUCGUUUCUCUGAAUUUAUCAUUUAAUGAUAAGAAGCUUCUUGUACUGGGUCUUCCACCCCACCUGAAGCUCUUAACCAGUAGCGAAGCCUCAGGGUCUUUACAGCUUUUAAAGGAUUUGGACAAAUCACCAGGGGCUGCUCUGGAGCCCUCUGCAUCCGCCAAGGAGCUGCCCCAUUCCGGAGGGCUGCCUGCCCGGCAAAACGUUCAUCCGAGGCUCCGACGAGGUACAGAGAAUCUUCUUCGACGAGCAGAGAAAAACACAACGGUCUCUCCCAUGGCCACAUUAAGGCCUAAUUUCUGCGGAGCACCAGUAAAUGGGAUACUCAAUCUGUCGAACAGCAAACUCUCUGAGGAAGAGCUGAUGUUAAAACUGGAUCCAGAUGCCUGCCAAGCUCAGCUGGACGCUAUCUUGGAGCUUGACAUUAGCCACAGUGACCUGGAAAUGGAUCUGCUGUCGCUGUUCGUUCUGUUUCUGCCCAUGAAAAACGUGCGGUCCAUUGAUGCCAGUUACAACAAAUUAACAAUUAACAUUCUAGACGCCGAGGCGAUCUGUAACUUCCCGCUCAGCAAGGUGUUGUUUUUAAAUAUUAGCAACAACCCCAUAAACAGCUUGGAUACGCUGUGCCUGCCUUCAACCAUCAGGGCAAUUGACUUGUCCUUCACAAACAUAAGCCAAAUACCCCCAAAUUUUGCUAAGAAGAUGUUUAACUUAGAAAACAUGUACGUUCAAGGAAAUCACUUCAUAUACACUGUACGCCCAGAAACCCCUAACGCAGUUCCAGAAGUCCCCCCCGGAACUGUACGCAUCAACGCCAUUUCGUUCGUCAGAAACCAGGCCGGUACACCCAUCGAGAGCCUUCCCAAGAAAGUGAAACGCCUGAAAAUGUCCAACUGCUCCAUCGUAGAACUGCCAGAGUGGUUUGCUGGCACAAUGGAAGAAUUAGUAUUUUUGGAUCUUAGCAGCAACCGGAUUUCCAUGCUUCCUGACUUACCUCCCUCCCUGCAGCAUCUCGACAUAAGCAACAGCGAUAUUAAAAUAAUACCCCCUAGUUUUAACUCCGUCUCCAACUUAACAAUACUUAGUAUCCAAAAUAACAAAAUUACGGAUAUGCAUCCUGAGCAUUUCCCGUUGACUUUAACAAAAUGCGAUAUUAGUAAAAAUAAGUUGAACAAGUUGUCGUUAACAGACGCCCUGGAGAAACUCCAAUAUCUCAAUGUUUCUGGCAACCUGAUCACCAGACUGGAACCCACUGGCAACCUUUCUGCGCUCGCUAACCUGGACAGUAGCCACAACCUAAUUUCAGAAGUCCCUGAUCACUUUGGGAAAUCUCUUCCAAUGCUGAAAUAUUUUAAUUUAUCGGGGAAUAAGAUCUCCUUUCUACAGCGUGGUGCUCUCCCGGCCUCUCUGAUUGAGCUUGACAUUAGCGACAACGCCAUUACUACCAUAGUGGAGGACACUUUUGGCCAGUUAACCAGUUUGAGCGUUUUGACUGUUCAAGGUAAACAUUUUUUUUGUAACUGUGACUUGUACUGGUUCGUGAACGUGUACAUCCACAACCCGCACCUGCAGAUAAAUGGCAAAGGCAAUCUCUGGUGCAGCUUCCCACCAGACAGAAGGGGCUCGUUGGUGGAGAGCAGCAACCUCACGCUUCUGCGCUGCUCCCUGGGUGUCCAGAUGGCCGUUACAGCUUGCGUGGCCGUCCUGGUUGUUUUGGUGCUAACAGGCUUAUGCUGGCAGUUCGACGGGCCGUGGUACGUGCGAAUGGGUUGGUACUGGUGCAUGGCGAAGAGGAAGCAGUACGAGAAGAGGCCAGAAAACAAGCUCUUUGAUGCCUUCGUUUCAUACAGCGAACAAGACGCAAACUGGACCAAAGAGAAUCUACUGGAAAAAAUGGAAGCUGACGGAUUCAAGAUCUGUUACCACGAGAGGGAUUUCAAGCCAGGGCAUCCUGUGCUUGGUAACAUUUUUUACUGCAUAGAGAACAGCCAUAAAGUCCUUUUUGUUCUCUCUCCCAGUUUUGUAAACAGCUGCUGGUGUCAGUAUGAACUGUAUUUUGCUGAGCACCGGGUCCUGAAUGAAAAUCAGGAUUCCCUCAUCAUGAUUGUGCUGGAAGACCUCCCGCCCCACAGCGUGCCGCAGAAGUUCAGCAAACUCAGGAAGCUGCUGAAAAGAAAAACCUACUUGAAGUGGAGCCCUGAGGAACGCAAACAGAAAGUGUUCUGGCAUCAGCUAGCUGCUGUCUUACGAACAACCAACGAACCACUUAUGAGAGCGGAAAACGGAUCCGCUCGGGAUACGUACGAGUUGGAAUGAGAUGUGAGAACGUGUAAAGGUUGUGCCUGGGAAGCCUGCGGUUAAAUAAAAGCGUUUCUGUGUUUACCUCCUGCAAAGGCUGCUGUGUUGCAGUGGGGGUUUGUCUCGGAUCAGUGCCAGGAGAGAUCACUACUGGGUUGGUAGCACGCGCGUUAGUCCGUCCGAUGAAAGAAUCCGAAGGGCUGAGAGCUGAGCACUUUAAACAGCCUUUUCCUCCCGGGUGCUUGGUUCUCUUCAGCUAUUUCCAGCAUUUCCUAAAAUGCUGUAAUGUCACCUGAAAGGAAGAACAGCUCGAGUCACGCUGCAUGUCCUAACCCUGGUUUUGGGAUUAUUGCAGAAAGAAUGGAACGUGAGGUCAUUCAGAGGGAAAGCUGCAGUUCAGAUUCUUGGUUCUAGUCCAGCUUAAGACAGGAACACAGAGCGUGUACACGUAAGAAAACCACAAACCACCACACCACACAGGUAUCACUUUC